AUGAGAAAGCGCAGGGAGCAUGCACGAGUAGCCGAAAGAAUACAGGGCCUGCUACGAAACAGUUCCCCGUCAGAUCGUCUGCGAGCGUACAUAUCCGUUCUAGCUAUUGUCGAUCUCACAGUAUUGAUGGUUCUCCUAGUUCGUACAAUCUAUCUGUCAUUGCCAGAACUUUUGCUAGACACGAACAGUUGCCGAGCGAUGUUUGUCAUAGAGCAGACGGUAAAAUUGGCUUCGCUCACGCUAUUGUCCUGCAUCAGUAUAGAGCGAUAUAUCACUAUUAGGAAGCCAUUUUGUAGCCAGCUUAGAAAGCGUUUUGUGCGAUUGACACCGAUCGCUGCACUUGCUCUACUUUGCCUCGUCGUUAUGGCAAUACUUGUGCAGAUGCAAUCGGUGGCAACGACGAGUGACAGUCUGAACUGCGUGCGCAUGUAUCGAGGACGAACGCUGCCUCGACUUGGCGCCUACUUAACCGCUAUGGCUUUUCUGUCGAAUCUCACAACCAUCUCAGUCAACUACGGUCAGAUUGUACGACAUGUGAAAAGGAAGUUCACCAAGAGAAAAGCAAGAGGUUACUUUUACUGCUGUCGAGUUAAUGGAUUCUCUUGUUACAUUUUGCCUUCUACCAUUUUUUCAUUCUUUUUUGAAAAUAAUCCUUACUCUUGACG